UGGGCCAGUAUGUCGGCGCUUAUAAGAACUCCAGCGUGUGGUUUCAGAGCUUUAUUUUUCAGCUGCUUGGGCACCGUUACCCCGUUUGGUAGGACACUCUGCAACGUAGACUUUACAUUUCAAAGGUCAUAUCAACAUUAUUCGCGCAGCACGUUAAUCGCCAAUGGUCUGAAGUCAAAGGGAAGGGACCUCAGAAAAAUGUCAGCUUCACCAUCACCAGCAGAGUCCAUGACCCAAAGGAUGGUGUGGGUAGACCUGGAGAUGACGGGACUUGACAUUGAAAAGGACCAGAUUAUUGAAAUGGCAUGUAUUAUUACAGAUUCGGACUUGAACAUCCUAGCAGAGGGUCCAAAUUUGAUAAUCAGUCAGCCAAAUGAGCUUCUUGAAAGCAUGUCAGACUGGUGCAAGGAACACCACGGCAAAUCAGGGCUGACCCAAGCUGUGCGAGACAGUAAGAUCACGCUCCGGCAGGCGGAGUACGAGUUCCUCUCCUUCAUCAGGCAGCACACCCCACCUGGUCACUGCCCGCUUGCAGGGAACUCCGUGCAUGCUGAUAAGCGGUUCCUGGACAAGUACAUGCCCCAGUUCAUGCGGCACCUCCACUAUCGCAUCGUUGAUGUGAGCACGGUGAAGGAGCUCUGUAGGCGCUGGUUUCCAGAGGACUACAGACUAGCACCACAGAAGAGAGCAUCACACAGGGCGCUGGACGACAUUCAUGAGAGCAUCAAAGAACUCAAAUAUUACAGAGCAAAUGUUUUCAAAGCGGAGUUGGAGAAAAAGAGGAAAAUCGUAGAAAAUGGAGACAAAACAUGUAUGGCUUAAUCCCCAUGCAGUCGGAGAUGUGCUUACGUUGGAUUUUUAAGAGAGCGGGAGGUCUUAAAUGUUAUUUGCACAGUAUGUAUGCCUGAGUCUCAUUCUGUUUGCUCAUGUGCAGUCGACUGUCUCAUUUGCCUGACUGGUGCUGGUGCGCUCUCUCAUUUUAGUUUUUAUCUUAUCAAAGAGCUCGUCCAUCAGCUUGGUUUAAAAAAUAUUGAGCUAAGAUUCAUUUCAAGAUGUAUUCUCUGCUGUGGAAGAGUCUAAUGUAUUACAGUCAUACUGUUAUGCAAAAAUGCUAAUGAGGUAUUUGAAAACAUAUCCUUUUCUCUGAUUGAACAGUCGUCAUUUCUCCUUUUUGAAUAAAUCAUUGCUCAUUUUUGAAGUGGUGUUUAAACUUAUCCAUGGAUUUGGUUUUGGCAAUGCUUAGAAUUAUCCAGCAGAUGGCACUGUGAACCCUCCAUAUACAUAUGUAUACACUGUAUGAUCUGUUGGUGAAUGUCUUGUCAGCAACAUCUAUCAUGCAAGAAACUUGGGUUAAGUCAAGCUCUUAUAAAAUUAAGCAGUUUUGAUCUUUUUAUGUAUGCUUUUGUUUAGCUUGUGAGCAACUUGAGCCUGAAAUUAAAGGAUAUUCAGGCUUUGGUA